GGAGAAGGAGAAAAAGGAAGAGGAAGGAGGAGGGGUGAAAGGAGAGGAAGGUUCACUCGUUUUUCUUCUUCCUCUUCGUGAGAAGAGGAGGUGGGGUAGGAAGCGGAGGAGGAGGAGAAGGAGGACCGGUGUUCGUAGUCGCCUCGGAAUUCAUCGUUUGAAGGAGCAAUCUAAGGACCAAACUAAAGGAGAAGGAGGAGGUAGAAGAGAAGGAAGAGGAAGGCCGGAAGGAGGUGCGUCGGCCUUUCGGAUGUCGGCGCGCUACUGCCGCGACAUCGACGACGACACCUCGUGCUUCGAGGAUCGUUCGCCGUCGAGUUUCUCUACUGAUACGAAGAGAGAGAGAGAGAAAGCAAAGGAUGGCGAUAAAGAUUCGCGAAGCUAAAGGAGAGGGACGACGUGGCUUCGAAUUCUCCUUCUUAACUCGUCUCGAUCUUGAUUACGACUACGUGCGAAUCAAAACGACAGUGAGAUCUUCGUGUAUGUUCGUCCGAUCAAUUGAGACCGGCACUGAAAUUGGGUACAACAGCAUCAUAAACGGUGGAAUCAACGAUAGCAACGGAAUCAGUACUGUUACUUCCACUUCGAUCAAUUUUAUCAUCGACGAUAACAAUAAUAACAACAACGACAACAACAACAAUAACAAUAACAACAAUAAUAAUAACAACAACAACAACAACAACAACAACAACAACAACAACAACAACAACAACCGAAGAGGUCACAGCAACGGAGAGAGAUCAGCGGACUAGAUUUCUCAAAUACCAAGGACGAGUGUAUCUCGCAGGAUGGAUUCGUGCGGGGUCUACUUGUCUCAGCUACGAGCGAUGCUCGUGAGAAAUCUUCUUCUGAAGAAACGUGAAAAACGGAAGACCAUCGCGGAGAUCUUCCUGCCUCUUUAUACUCUAGGGAUUCUCAUAGUGAUAAAGGUGUUGAUACCUAAUCCAAAUUAUCCCGCGAUGACGACGCAGAGGCAUGAAGAGAAAAUAUUCGAAUUAUUCAACGGUCAUAAAAACAAUACGAUAGCCGUGGUACCUAAUUCGACGGAAACUCUCAUAUUUUUAAAUUCGAUGAACAACGUUUGGCUGUCCAUGUGGGAUUUUCCUGGCAAAUUACCUUUAAAUUUUAUGAUAUUCGAUACGAAGGAUGAUCUACAGGCAGCUUAUUGGAGAGAUCCAUAUAGCGUACCUUUGGCUGUGAUCUUCGAAGACUCUCAACCGAUCACUCAACGUCUUCUAUACGAGAUUAGAACAAAUCCUUCAUAUACAUCUCCUCCUUCGCCUACUGAACUUUAUUCCGCUCCGGUUACUUGCCGGAAGGACAACAGCCAUUGGAUGGGAGACGUUCUGUCAAUAGAAACCGGCGGAUCAUGUCCCGUGAAUAACUAUUUGGAUUCUGGCUUCCUAGCGUUACAAAUGCUAAUGGAUAUUACGAAGAUAAGGCUUGACACGCAAAACAACGACGUAACCAUUCCAGAUAUAAAAUUAGAAAUGUUUCCAAAAGAAGCAUUCACAGCUGAUUGGAUGUUGGCUUUUAGAGUCAUUAUUCCUUUGUACAUGGUAUUAGCACUUUCACAGUUCAUUACUUAUCUCUUGAUACUAAUAGUCGGUGAAAAAGAAAACAGGAUUAAAGAAGGAAUGAAAAUAAUGGGCCUGAAGGAUUCUGUAUUUUGGAUGUCUUGGUUCAUUAUCUACAGCAUCUUUGUCUUGUUACUUUCUGCCGUUGGAGUGGUAUUACUCUUCACUCUACAAAUGUUUCAGCAUACACACUUUUUACCGAUAUUUCUUUUGGUCGUACUUUAUAGUUUUUCCAUCAUCAUGUUUGCCUUCAUGAUAACGCCAUUCUUUGAUAAAUCUCGUACUGCCGGUGUCCUUGGAAACUUUGCAGUAACGAUAUUAAGUUUGAUGUACUUCAUUCAAGUCUUUGUAGACGAUUCUAGCUCGAUCUCAUUUUGGCUUGUAUCACUUUUAAGUCCAACGGGUGUUGCAUUGGCUAUGGAUAAGGCCUUGGUCCUGGAUUUACAAGGACAAGGAGUGAAUUUCGAUAAUCUUUGGUGUGGUCCUGGUAUACCUUUCGGUGGAAGUCUCAUUAUGAUGACUUUAGACAUAUUCUUAUAUGCUUGCUUAGCCUAUUAUUUGGACUCGGUUAUACCAAGCGAGUAUGGCACGAAGAGAUCACCGUGGUUCUGUUUCACACCUGGAUUUUGGUGUCAACGUAAAGUUCAAAGGGUACCAUCAUCUAACGGCGAAUCUAAUUCUUUUAUACCCGGCGAGGAAACAAAUAGAGACGUGGAACCAGUUGUACGUGAGAUGAAGGGAAGGGAAGCAAUUAGAAUCAUAGAUCUGUUUAAAUCUUAUCAGAAAUGUCGUAAGCCUGAAACAAAAGCAGUUAAUGGUAUCAAUCUAACGAUUUAUGAGGGACAAAUAACAGCGAUAUUGGGACAUAAUGGGGCUGGUAAAACAACGUUGUUUAAUAUACUCACCGGAUUGACAUCGCCAACAGCCGGUACGGCUUUGAUAUUUGGAUAUGACGUGCGAGAUUCAAACGAUAUGCAGAUGAUCAGAAGUAUGACAGGUGUAUGCCCUCAGCAUGACAUUCUGUUUGAUUUAUUAACGCCAAGAGAACAUCUCGAAUUUUUUGCCGCUGUACGUUGCAUUCCAAAAUCAAUGAUCGAACACGAGGUAAAGAAAACGUUAAAGGACAUAGAUCUGGUUGAAAAAGCGGAUACUUUUGCAAAAUAUUUAAGCGGUGGCCAGAAGAGAAAGCUCUCAGUAGGUAUCGCCAUUAUCGGUGAUCCUAAGAUCAUUAUCCUUGAUGAGCCCACAGCUGGAGUGGAUCCAUACUCGAGAAGACAAAUGUGGUCUUUCCUGCAAUCCAGAAGACACGGUAAAGUCAUUCUUUUAACGACUCACUUCAUGGACGAAGCAGACAUAUUGGCUGACAGGAAGGCAGUUAUAAGUAAAGGGAGAUUGAGAUGUUGCGGUAGUUCGUUGUUCUUAAAAAAUAAAUUCGGUAUCGGUUAUCAUUUAACUCUCGUACUAGAAGGCAACGCAAGGGAACAUGCAAUAGCACGAUUAGUAUCGUCUCAUGUGACGAAAGCCGAAAAAGCAAGACGUCACGGUCGAGAAUUGAGCUUCAUCUUGCCUCACAAUUCCGUGGAAAAUUUCGCCUCACUUUUUUCGGCUAUCGAGCAUGAAAUCAAAACGAGAUCGAGUAGAUUGGGUAUUAGUAGUUAUGGAGUAUCUAUGACGACCCUGGAAGAAGUCUUUUUACAUCUGGAAAAAGACGAGGAAACGGAAUGUACCAUGGACAAUCUGUCAAAGAAAAUGGUUCGUAAUCGUGCACUUAGUAGAUCGUUGUCCUUGCAGUCGAAAAGUACAUCGUACCAGAGUUUACAGAACGAAGGUGUUACCGUUCAAAAUGAUGGUCAAGCGAAAGGAGCAGGUGAUCUACCAGAUGGAAUUCACAAUGAUAGGAAUCCUCCUAUUCUCGGCCUUGGCUUAGACCCCAUCAAAAUUCGGCCUAACUUCCUUCAAAUUCUUUAUGCCAUGCUUCGCCUAAGGAUACUCAGGCUGUUUAGAAACAUUCAACUAUUAUACUUUACCAUCGUUGCUCCUCUUGCUCUAAUAAUCCUUGGUCUUUAUAUAAACAGUAUUCAAACUGUCGACAUUAAGAUGCAAUCACUUCAACUUAAUAGUGACACCUAUGGCAAUGAAACUAAAAUUUUAUAUUUGAAUAAUACCGAUAUUGACAUAACGCCUUUGAUAGAGAGUAUAAGUCAAGAUGUAAAGCAUAUCGAUGAAUACGAUGGGAAUUACGUUAAUUUGUUAAAAAGCGCACCGCACGUAGCAGCAUUUAAUAUCAAUGAUUAUAGCUUUCCAAAGAUGAAUUUAACAAUCGUAUAUAACGAUACGAUGCAACAUUCUUUACCCAUUUUAUUGAAUGUACUGUUAAAUACUUAUUACAGAUUGGUAGCUGGUAGGGAUGAUGUUCAACAAAUUGAAAUAAAAACGCAUCCGUUUCAACAGACAUCACAGCCACAAGAAUUUAACAUUGGCGUUGCCAGUUCAGCAUUAUUCAUUGGAAUGGAUUUUGUUUUAUUACCAAUCACUUUGGCAGUCGAUAUGGUUUAUGAUCGAGAAAUAAAAGCGAAGAAUCAAUUGCGCGUCAACGGCCUGUCAUUUCCUAUGUACUUCCUCACAUAUUUUAUCGUCCUCGUCGGCCUGAUGACAUUUAUUUGUUCAUGUAUCAUUGGUAUUAUAUUUCUCUUUGACGUGCCUUCGCUUCAAGAACCACCAGCACUCAUUACUCUUGGUGCCCUUUUAAUGUUAUACUGCCCAUCGUCCAUUCUUUUUUCGACAUGUUGGAGUUACAUCUUUGAUAAGAUGGACUCCGCACAAAGUAUUUUACCCAAUAUUGCUACGUUCUUUGGACUGAUACCUUUUUUGCUUGUCAUGAUCUUAGAUAUGCUAGGUGUCGGUGGUACUGCAGCGUUCGCUUUGCAUGUGGUCUUUUCUCUAUUAAAUACCAUGUAUGUGCCCUAUGCAGCGGUGUACUAUGUAGAUCGCGUUCAUUUAAUGUGCUCUAUUAAUGCUGCCUGCCAUCAUUUAACUAUGUCGGAUUAUCUUACUACGGAGAUCAUAUUGAUGGCUGUUGGUGUAUUAUUACAUUGUCCAUUAUGGUUCUUCGUAUUGCUCUUAUUGGAUAUCAAGAAAAGCGGCGGAAACAUUAGCGAUUUCUUCAAGCACUUCCUGAGAAAUGGCGGCUCGAUCGGUGAGGAGAUAAUGGAGAAUUCGGAUGUAGGUGAGCACGAAGAUGCUGACGUAAAAACUGAAAGACAAAGAGUAUUCAAUCUUAUUACGUCACCUUCCGUUCAACAAUCAUCAGUGGUAUUGGUACAGAAUCUACGAAAGGAAUAUCAUCAUCGAGAAUCAACAGUUUCUUGUAGCUGUUGUAACAAACGAGAAGAAGAGACAACAUCUCAAAUGCAACGAAAAGUCGCUGUAAGAAAUUUAUCAUUGGCCGUUGAACCAGGUGAAGUAUUUGGACUUUUGGGUCAUAAUGGCGCUGGAAAAACUACUACGAUGAAGAUUAUUAUCGCGGAGGAAGCAGCAACACGUGGUAGAGUACAAAUUGGCGGGCACAAUAUACAUUCUCACAUGGAGGAAGCAUUCAGACAAAUGGGAUAUUGUCCGCAACACGAUGCUCAAUGGAAAAAUAUUACUGUACGAGAACAUUUAGAAUGUUACGCAGCUAUUCGUGGUGUACCUUGGGGAGAGAUUAAUAGAAUCGUCGAUCUCUAUUUAACCGGUCUUCAGAUUCAUGAACAUGCCGAUAAACAAACUCAAGAAUGCUCAGGUGGUACUAGAAGAAAGCUUAGCUUUGCAAUGGCAAUGGUUGGAGGACCAAAGGUUGUUUUAAUGGAUGAACCUAGUACGGGUAUGGAUCCUAGAUCAAAAAGAUUCCUAUGGGAUACCAUCCUUGCUAGUUUCCAGGGUGGCCGAGGAGCAAUCCUUACAACUCACUCGAUGGAAGAAGCCGAUGCAUUAUGCUCCAGAGUUGGUAUAAUGGUUAAAGGUGAAUUAAGAUGUGUAGGUUCGACGCAACACCUGAAAAAUCUAUACGGUGCUGGGUACACUUUAGAGAUGAAACUUUUGGGUGGCGAUUGUACCCCAACUACGCCUUCCGGUGAUAGAUUAUCUGCAUUAAAAGAAUUCGUUGCUGGUCUCUUUCCUGAUGCAACGUUAGAAGAAAGUUUUGCAGACAGAUUGGUCUUUGCCGUUCCUCAACACGCAGUGAACUCGCUGGCCGAGUGUUUUAUGCAGUUGGAGAAGGCCAAGCAGGAACUAGACAUCGAGGAGUAUAGUUUCAGUCAAACUACCCUGGAACAAGUGUUUCUCAAGUUCUCUCAUUAUGACGAGAGCAAUAGUGGUGAAUGACGAUCUAGAUGUUCAGUGUUUUAGUAUCUUGUUUUUAAUUAUGAACUUGCUAUACUUUCAAGACUGCUCAAUUUACGCGCGAGAGUAUUAAAAGUCAUUGUUUUUAUGUAACAGUUAAGGAAAGCCGACAAAACGAAAUGAUAUUAAAUUAUCGUUGUGUGAAAACGCAUACGAUGAAUCGGGCGAUUGCACUAAAAUGCGAGUACGAGCGAUGUUAAUAAAAAAAAAAAAAAAAAAAAAUAAAAAAAAAAAACCCCAAAAAAAACAAACAAAAAAAAA